GUACGCCGAACCGAAUACAUGGUACACUGUACCGCUUCGUACCGAAUUCGUUACCUCUAGCGAAUUUCUUACCCGUACCGCGUACCCGUACCGAAACGUACCGCGAUUUAUGUGACUAUGGAAUGAACUGAACCCAUCUAAAUUAGCAUUAUCUAAGUAAUUAAGUCUAUUAUUGUUGAAUGUCUUAGGCCGUAGAUGUUUGCAAAAUAUAAUAGUUUAGAAACAAAUUUGGAAACAAAAGUAUCAUUUACUUGAUAGAGUUAUCUGUAUAUCUGUCUCAUACAUACAGGUCUUAUUUGCAAAGAGGAGUUUAUUGCUGAAGAAGGCAAAUGAGCUUUCUACCCUUUGUGAUGGUGAGGUUGUUUUAAUCAUCUUCAAUGGGAGAAACAUCUAUGAAUUUUGUAGCAGGUUAAUGUACUACUCCCUCCGUCCCCCAGUUUUUGUCCACAUUUGAUUUUUGAAACUGUUCAUCUAAGCACUUUGACUCAUCAAAUUCUCUCAAUGUGUAAGCCUAAAUAUAGUCAUGUAUGAUCUUGUUUGAUUUGUCUUAACAUAUAGAUUAUUAAUAUAUAAUUUCUAUAAUUUUUUAAUAUACAAAUAACAAGAUAAAAUGGAUUAAAGAAGUGCAUUGGAUGGUGUGCAAAAAUGAAAGUGGACAAAAACUGGGGGACAGAGAGAGUAUUAUUUAUAUAUUUUUAUUUAUAUUAAUUUAUUUAUUCUUGAUUAUUAAAUCAGAUCUUGAAAUCCUUUUUAUUAAAGAAUUUGUUGGUUUUGUUUUGGGGAUUAGAUCAUACCAUUUUUCAGCAGCCAACAGUUGUCCAGGUUCUUCCAUUUCCAUCUGAUGCUUGUAGCCAUGUCAGGGCAUGGGAGCAAACUUCCACAGGUACAAAGGAGUUACACCGCUCCAAUGUGGAAAACGGGAGGCUAGAUUGGGUCAAUUCCUUGGGAAGAAGCCAAUGAUGAAGCUACCCUAUCGGUCAUCAGAAUCUUGCAACCUGCAAAUCCAUCUGCUUUAUUUUUACCCUAUCAAUCCCAUUUGGUGGAUUCAAGCCUCAAAAGCCAUGAUGGACUUGCCUGUGAUAUUAAAUUUUACAGCAACACAAACUCACAAAGGAUUCAACAUUGUUAGGGUAACACCAAUAACUGGCUAUGUGAACACUUGAAAUGUUAGUGUAGGUCUCUUUAGCUUCUUAGGGCAACACCCAUAUGCUUUAAGUUGUAAAGAUGCCUCUCUAUUUCACCGUUUAGAUAGUGAGGCAUCAAAUUCUUAUCUCAUUUCACUCAACUCAGCUCAAAUUUUACCUUAUACAAAUGUUCUGCCCCUACACACACCUAACAUACAAUAACAAACUACAAAUAUU